AUGGAAGGCAUUAAAGAUUUUCCUAUAGAUCACUGGAUCAGACAAUAUGCGCCAAUUUGUAAUGUUCAGCUUCAUGGUUCAAGUGCACCGAUUGUCUCGAUCAAUGAGCUGAAGAAAUUCCAUGCUAAUACCAGUGCUAUGAUUAUGGACUUCGACUUAACACUGGAUUAUGGACCUUUUGAAGGGUCUGCCGAACUGCGCGAGCGUGUCGCGGCCCUUCAUUCUACACCCGAGUACCGUCUCGAUGCCGAAAAUGUCAUCAUCACACCGGGCUCCAUUUUGGCCAAUUUCCUUAUCCUGGAUGCUAUCUGUCAACCUGGCGAUCACAUCAUCUGUCAAUACCCUGUCUUCUCGCAGCUCCAUCUUCUGCCCCAGCACCGGGGUGUGGAGGUGACUUCAUGGCAAUUGAUGAACGAUGACACGCAAGACAGUAUGUCAGCUUUGCGAGUCCUAAUUCAGAGCAAUACAAAAGCAAUAAUUUUGAAGUACAAAAACAACCCAAACAAUCCGACCGGUGCAGUAAUCACGAGAGAAAUGCUGGUUCAAAUUAUCGACAUGGCAAGAGAGGUGAAUGCCACCGUUUUUUCUGACGAAGUCUUUCAACCCUUGGUUCAUAACCCUGAGGUAAAGGCCUGUCCUCUCGUAUCUCUUGGGUAUGAGCGCUCCAUUUCGUCUGGAUCUCUUUCCAAGGUUUACGGGCUGCCUGGCAUUACACCACGACGACUGUGUCCAGGCUAG